AUGACUGAUCGAACGAUAUCUGACAAGCCCGCCCCGGGGGCUCGGGAAGUUGAUCUGAACACACUACCAGUUCAGGCUUUGGCCAACCUGAAAGAGCAGACAGAAGAGGAGAUUCAAUACUUAGCACAAUCAAAGUCACAACUAGAACUUGCCGCUAAAAAAUUCGUUGUUGCGAAACAAGCCGUGGCAUCAAUUAACCCCGAGAGUUCUCAGGCGCAAGUGCUGGUCCCCAUGACCAAGUCACUCUAUGUCCCAGGAAAACUAAGCAAUGUUGAGAAAGUUGUGGUCGAACUAGGUACCGGCUACUACGUUGAGAAGUCGAUGGUAGAGGCGGGAAAAUACUACGAUAGGCGCCUGGAGUACCUGCAGACUAAUAUUCAGGGCAUUGUCAAUCACCUCAACUCGAAGCAAAACGUCCACGUGGUGUAG